GGCCCCGGCCUUCUGUGCCCCUGCGCUGGCGCCCGGCUCGGGCUCGAGCUGCUCCUCGGUGCAGCCGCCGCGGGCCCUGCCCCGCCGGGCGCCCGCGCCCGCCCGCGGGGCGGCAGCUGGGCAGGGCGAGGCCGGCGGCGCCGGCGGCGCCGCCGCGCUGGCGAGCGCCUGCGGCGCCGCGUCCGUGGCGCUGGGGGGCGCCCGGCGGCGCAGAGGCCUGCCUCGCGCCUGGCGCUGCGGCUCGCGGGUCGCCAGUCGCGGCCGGGUCCAGGAGAUCGGAUCGCGGGGCGCGGCCAGGGAAGGGCCAGACGCCCGCAUUCUCAAGGUGGAGGGCGCGGGGGCCGGGCCGGGAGCGGCGCGCGGUGGCGCAGCAGAGGCGCCCGGGGCAGAGCCGGAGCCCCGCAGCUCGGACCCCCUGUCCGCCGCGCUGAGGGUGCUGCGGGCGGGCGUCGACACGUUCUUCGAGCUGGGCAGCACGGACUCGAAGAAGGAUCUGACCCGAAGUGGGAGUACCGGAAGGGCAUCGAGGGCAUGUCGCUCGGCUCCUUGCAGUACGAGAUGAUGACCACCACCAAGGAUUCCAAGGAGUUCAAGAGGCUCGAGUCGGAGUUCGAGAAGGGCUGGGGGUUCGGCUUCGUCGAGAUCACGCCGCGGGCAGUCGCUCAGUCCCUCGCGUCGGGCAGCAAGGCGUUGGGUCUGGACGCCGCGCUGCUCGCCCUGGUCAACCUGCUCCAGACGCUGGGGCUCGAGGGCGUCGCCGGCGACGGGAUCCCGGUCCGGAGCGAGUGGGUCGGCGACGUCCAGCCGCGAACGGGAGGCAGCGGAUCCAGCGGCGACCAGGGCGCCGCCGGGGAGGGUACCAGGUCGGUGAUCGACUACGUGGUGACGGGACAGAUGGAGAAGAUCACGGGGUUGCCCAUGCCCGUGUUCCUCGAGCAGCACGGAGGCGGCAGUGGCUUGUACAAGAUUGUCGUAGGCCCGCGGUCCGUGGUCGUCACCUGCGACCCAGUCGUCAUCAAGCACAUACUGGCGGGGCCACCGGAAAAGUACACGAGGGGGAUCCUGAGCGAGGUGUUCGAGCCCAUCGUGGGCAGCGGGCUCAUCCCCGCCGGCACAGAUGCGUCAAGGGUCCGUCGCCGAGCCAUCGUGCCCGGGUUCCAGCAGCGCUGGCUCGAGAGCGUGACCGAGACCAUGGCCAGGUGCACCGAUGCGCUCUGCGAAGACCUGGACCGGCAGAUCUCCCAGGCGCACGCGGCGGGGGAGGCGGGGGCGCUGGUCAACAUGGAGGAGAAGUUCACCUCCGUAUCCUUCGACGUGAUCGGGAAGGCUGUCUUCGAAUACGAUUUUGGGGCCAUCAGCGGGGAGUCACCGAUCCUUCAGGCCGCCUCGUCGGUGCUCCGCGAGUCCAAGAGGCGGGCGCAGUCGGUGUUUCCAUACUGGAACUUGCCGGGCGCCGCUGCUCUGUUCAAGGACCAGAAGAGCCACAAGGAGAAUCUGACCUUGCUGAACGCCAUGCUGGACGAGCUGGUCAGGAGUGCCACGGAGGAGGCUGGCAAGGGCACGGACGCGGCGAAGGGGGACAUGUCCAUGAUGCAGUUCUUGGUCCAGACUCGCAGCGAGGACGUCGUCACGCAGCGGCAGCUCCGCGACGACCUGAUGACGCUGCUCAUCGAGGGCCACGAGACCACGGCCGCCUUGCUCACCUGGACCAUGAACGAGCUGAUGAGGGAUGAGAAUUCGAGCGCCCUGGAGGCUGUGCAGAAGGAGAUCGCGGACGUCCUCGGCUGCCGCCGGAUCACGCACGGCGACAUCGAGAAGCUGCCGUUCCUGCGGGCCUGCCUGUCGGAGGCCCUGCGCCUGUAUCCGGAGCCCCCCCUCCUGAUCCGAAGGUGCGUCGAGGGGGACGAGUGCCCCGUUGGGCCCCUGUGCGGGAUGGGCGACGACGCCACCGUCCGCUUCCUGCCCGGACAGGACAUAUUCAUUUCGACCUGGUCCCUGCACCGCUCCACGGACCUCUGGGGGGAGGACGCGGGCAAGUUCCAUCCGUGGCGGUGGGAGCGCAAGAUCGAGGGAUUGGGGCGCUGGGCGGGGUACGACCCCGACAAGGCCCGGCCCUACCCGAGCGAGGCGGCGUCCGACUUCGCCUUCCUGCCGUUCGCGGGCGGCAGCUGGACUUCGGUGCGUGGGCGACCAGUUCGCCAUGGCAGCGGCGGCCGUGGUCACGGCGAGCCUGCUGCAGAGGUACACCCUCGAGCAGGCCGGGCCUCCGGGCGGCCCGGCGGGGCAGGCCGCCAGCGCCCCGGGCGGCCUCCGCCUCGCGAGGCUGCGGCCGCGCCCGGGCUUCCGGCCCGCCCCCGGGGGCCCGCCGGCGGAGCCGCGGCCGAGCGUGGAGCGGCAGCUGCGGGUGGCCUACCAGCGGAGGGUCGGCGGCACCGUGGCGCAGAGGGUCAGGCCGGAGGCCAUGGUCAUCCCCACGGCCAGGGAGCUCCGGGGCCUGUUCCAGGAGCGCAGGCGCGCAUGGACGUCCCCACCAACCAGGACGAAAUCGACGCCGCGUACCUGGAGUGCCAGGAGGUGACCCGCGAGUACUCGAAGACCUUCUACCUGGGCUCGCAGCUGCUGGGCGACGCGGAGCAGCGGGCAGUGUGGGCAAUCUACAACUGGUGCCGUUGCACCGAUGAGCUGGUCGAUGGACCAGCAGCGGCCACGACGACCAUGGAGGAUUUGGAGGCGUGGGAGCGGACACUCCAACAGAUCUUCGACCUCAAAGAGACGGGGAACAGCAUGGACCUGGCAAUGAUCGAUUCCGUCCGCAACUUUCGGCUGAUCCCGCGCCCGUUUCAGGACAUGGUCGGCGGGAUGGCCCUGGACCUCGUGAAGGAGAGGUACGAGACCUUCGCCGAGCUCGAGGUCUACUGCUACCGCGUGGCCGGGACGGUCGGCCUCAUGUGCUUGCCCAUCCUCGGCUUCGACCCCGGCCAGAACUACUCGGACGACUUGAAGGACGCCACCGUAGACGCCGCCCUGUGCCUGGGGCUCGCACUGCAGCUCACCAACAUCCUGAGGGACGUCGGGGAGGACGCCCGCAGGGGUCGCAUAUAUGUGCCCCUGGAGGACCUGAGGAUGUUUGGGAUCGACGAGGAGGACAUCUUCCAGGCCAGCGAGGGCAGGCUGGCACUCUGGCAGGACGAGCGGUGGAAGCAGUUCAUGGAGUUCCAGAUGGCGAGGUGCAAUGGGUACUACGAGAAGGCAAAGGGCGGCAUCAUCGGCCUCACCGAGAGUAACCGUCUGGGGGUGAUGGCAGCGCUCAACGUCUAUGGCGGCAUCCUGGAUAAGAUCCGCCGAAAUCGCUACGACAACUUCACCCAGCGUGCGUACGUGUCGCUGUCGGAGAAGUUUGGGCUCAUGGCCAAGUCUUGGUUCGCGUGCCUCGAAAUUCAGAGACAGGCUGACGAAAACGUCCGCCUCGGUAAUAUUUUCCAGGAGGUCAAAAUGGCACGCUCCAAGUUUGCCAGAUGACCACCCUCAGCAGGCAGCCUUUUGCAAGGCAUCCGCAUGCUGUGGAAUUGUCUUCACACCGUGUAACCUGAGGAUUGCUUGACAAGAAGUGCGGGCUUCCCGAUGCGGGAGCGUAAGUUGCAUCGCAGCAUCGCUCGAACGUGUGCAUGUUUUCUCGGCGAGGACCAUCGAAGAGCAUCUGGGAUCACCUGGCGAAGCAAUACACGCGCGAAAUCGAGCAAAUGCACGGGGAAUGGACGUCCGAGCGAUGGCGAGUUCAAUGACUGCAGGGUGGCGGCUGAUUGUCCUGUUAGUUUUCAGAUGAUGCGUGUGUUUCGUUGGUGGAUGCUUUACCACGGACAAGGUGGACGGUUGGCCCCGGGCAACCAUGCCGAAGUGGGGGGCCAAUAUCCUAGUGCGAACGCAUUUUCCACAUCGCAAACUUGGACUUUCCAAGAUUUAGAGCCUGAGUUGCCUAUGGCUCCCCUGGUUCACCUCGCUUGCAUUGAGUGCCGCAUCCGAUCCAGCCCUCCUCGGGCGUCCGACGCGGCGCUCGUCAGUUUUCCUUGGCAAACCUCGUCACACAGGUGUUACCAGGCAUUAUUAGAAGUGCAGCGCUGGCUUCCGAGACUGGGAUUUAUUCAGACCCAACAUGUGUAUAGACUCCGACCUCGAAUGUUUGGCCAUGCAUCUGCUCAGCAGGAAUGUCCUUGCUCAGCACGCAGUCGCUGGCCCUGCCACGCAGUUGCUGGACUAACGCCUCCGAUGACUGCUGCCUGCCCCAAUACCGCGAAGCCCAGACAUUUUUCUUCGCAGGGUCUCGAGUCCAACAGCCA